ACGUAAGCGGUAGUUCACUACACAUAAAUAGGUCUUAUACAAUGGUUUUGACAUUCACUCAAAAUACGCAGGAAGUAAGAAUUAGGUACUUCACAAUUUGUUUUACUUGUUACCCAUUAAAUAAGAAGUAUACUUCAAAUGGCAUCUCAUAAAAGAAGAAUUUUGGGAAACACAUCUAAUGCUGCCGAAUUGCAUUCAUGGAAAUUUUACGAGGAAAUGACACAGAAUAAUAUCAGUUCAUUCUGGAGUUCCGUGCCAGAAAAAGAAAUAAUUCAGCAAAUGUGGAACGAAACACAUAACUUGUCUGCUGAGUACGACUAUACACAUGGCGCUGUGUCAUUUAAAUUCUAUAUGUUUGAUUCCUAUAGUAGUAAACUCACUUCAGAGACGCUUCAUCAAUCAUUUGUGAUACUGGGAUUGAUUAUUGGAUGCCUGGGACUCGUGGGAAAUGUUGUCGCCAUCUUCAAAAUUUUGUGCGAUGAAAAGUUCCAUACUCCAACAUUCGUUGUCAUCGGAUGUCUCGCAUUUUCAGAUCUUCUCUUUAUUGUCUGCAUGUUUCUUUAUAGAUUUUCCAACUUUAGUAUGUAUAUUUCAUCCCAAAGUUUUCCUGUCUUAAUAACAAUGACGAUUUUACGUGAGACGAUUUUUCAUAGUUCAGUUACACACAUUGUACUCCUUUCUGUAAUUAGGUAUUUAUUAAUAGCAUAUCCGUUACAGAGUAAAAUACGACUGACUCCGACAGUUAUCUUGGGAUGUUCUAUUGUGGUUUGGGUAUUUAGUUCACUAUUUUCAGCAUUGAUAUCACUACCAUCAAUAGAGGACUAUAUUUAUGCACGCGUACGGACUAUGUUUUUCAUAAAAAUAACAUAUUCUGGGUUAUCUGUUUGUGCAAUCCUGACUUUACAUAUUUUGAAGAUGAAAACCUUGAAAAAAUCUUCUAUUCCUUCCAGCAUCAGCAGAAGAAUGAAUGUUAUAAUUUUUAUUAUAUUAUUUGUUUUUAUCUGCUAUCAAGUUGCAUACAUUUUAUUCCAGUUUUCUAUAUAUCUUGUAACGAUGUCAGUGUAUUAUUUUGUCUAUUUACAUGACAUUUUUUUUAUCCUUGUUACACUGAAUUACUCCUGUAAUCCUUAUAUACUUUUCUUUGCUUCAUUUUUAUGCUCAAGCAGCAAACGUAAUCAAAUUAAACCCAAUAAAGACAUGUAGCUAUUUUGAUAGGAUUUUCCUAAGAUUGCCACAUAGAUAGCAUUUCGAAUAUAUAACUGCUCUGCUGAAUAAAUCCGCGGGUAACAUGUGCCAUUUAGAAAUAAGAAUAUUGCAAGAGGGGUUGGUUUCCCUCAGAUUCUACUUAAAUGUGCUUAUGCUUUUUUGAAUAAGAAAACCUAGUAUUGGUUUGGGCAUAUAGCUGCAAUGAACAAGUAUUGCCCUUUCAAGUAUGAGGUACAGUUGUCCCAAUAAAUUUUCUCUUUUUUAAUUUUGUCCUUUUUGUAAAA